UCUCGGCGGCGCCGAGCCCGGGACGCGCGGUGGGGGCGGCGGGCGCGGGGCGGGCGCGGGGGCCGCGCCGGCCUGGCACUAAUGUCUCCCUUUGUGUCUCCCCUACUCCAUCCUCUUCCCCGCGCGGCCUGCCGGGCCCCGGCGCCCCGACAGGAAGGCCUGGACGACGGCCCCGACUUCCUCUCGGAGGAGGACCGCGGACUUAAAGCAAUUAAUGUAGAUCUUCAAAGUGAUGCUGCUCUGCAGGUGGACAUUUCUGACGCUCUUAGUGAGAGAGACAAAGUAAAAUUCACUGUUCACACAAAGAGUUCAUUGCCAAAUUUUAAGCAAAAUGAAUUUUCUGUUGUUCGACAACAUGAGGAAUUUAUCUGGCUGCAUGAUUCCUUCGUUGAAAAUGAAGAUUAUGCAGGUUACAUUAUCCCACCAGCACCACCACGACCUGAUUUUGAUGCUUCAAGGGAAAAACUUCAAAAACUUGGAGAAGGAGAAGGGUCCAUGACAAAAGAAGAAUUCACAAAAAUGAAACAGGAACUGGAAGCUGAAUAUUUGGCAAUAUUCAAGAAGACUGUUGCAAUGCAUGAAGUAUUCCUAUGUCGUGUGGCAGCACAUCCUAUUUUGAGAAAAGAUUUAAAUUUCCACGUCUUCUUGGAAUAUAAUCAAGAUUUGAGUGUACGAGGGAAAAAUAAAAAAGAAAAGCUUGAAGAUUUCUUUAAAAACAUGGUUAAAUCAGCAGAUGGGGUAAUCGUUUCAGGAGUAAAGGAUGUAGAUGAUUUCUUUGAGCAUGAACGAACAUUCCUUUUAGAAUACCAUAACCGAGUUAAGGAUGCAUCUGCUAAAUCUGAUAGGAUGACAAGAUCCCACAAAAGUGCUGCUGAUGAUUACAAUAGAAUUGGUUCUUCAUUAUAUGCUUUAGGAACUCAGGAUUCUACAGAUAUAUGCAAGUUUUUCCUCAAGGUUUCAGAAUUGUUUGAUAAAACAAGAAAAAUAGAAGCACGAGUGUCUGCUGAUGAGGACCUCAAACUUUCUGACCUUUUAAAAUAUUACUUAAGAGAAUCUCAAGCUGCUAAGGAUCUCCUCUAUCGAAGAUCUAGGUCACUGGUGGAUUAUGAAAAUGCUAAUAAAGCACUGGAUAAAGCAAGAGCAAAAAAUAAAGAUGUUCUACAAGCCGAGACUUCCCAACAAUUAUGUUGUCAGAAAUUUGAAAAAAUAUCUGAAUCUGCAAAACAAGAACUUAUAGAUUUUAAGACAAGAAGAGUUGCUGCAUUCAGAAAAAAUUUAGUGGAACUGGCAGAGCUAGAACUGAAGCAUGCAAAGGGUAACCUGCAGCUACUACAGAACUGCCUGGCAGUGUUGAAUGGAGACACAUAAGCCACACUCCACCCCCUGGUUACAAAGGGCUGCCUUCCUUCGGAUUUCAUUUUUGUUUUCUUAAUGAUGUUAGGCAUUUACUGCUCACUGGAAACAAACAGCUGACAAAGUGCAUCUACUCUCCUUUCCUUUCUGAGUAACAAGGGAGUGGGGCUGCCCUAAGCGCUGCAGCCCUCAGGAACAGCGUUCUCCCGCGUCAGUGAGCCCGGACCAUCUCCCGCAGUCCAUCAUUGUCGGUCCUGCCUUUCUCCUCCGGGGCCCAAAGCUCCUCCUUUUUUACAGUAGCCUCUGUAACUGUGUUUAUUUUAAUGAAUGGUAUUCCUUACGGCUGCCAAUCUAUUUACCUUUAAGUGAUUUCUGAAGUUUAACUCUUUCCAAAAUACAUUGUUCAAACAAGAGAAAGAUUGCUUUUCCUAUUUUUUUUUAUUUUGUUUUAAAAAAACAUUGCAUACCACCGCAGAUUAUUCACGUAUCCUGGGAGAGCAUCUUAAUCAGACUUAUUUUUAAUUAAUGAAUAUUUCUUAGACAUUUUGGGACAGACUUUCUGUAAUCUUUCUAAGUAUGAUUUCUGAAAAGCAGCAAAUGCAUUAUUAGUAUGUUUGCCUUAAACUUGUAGACUAAACCAAUUAUUGUCAAAUAAACAGUGAUAACAAUGAUACUUUUUAAACUGGUUCAUUGUAUCACUUUAAAAAUUUGGAGUAGCUAUAAUAAAAUGCUCUGAUGUAUACUUUACAGUGCA